UAUGCAGCCCCAUUGCAACUCAGAUCAGCAGAGGCUAAUGAUCUAACCAGCAGUCUGAACAAAAAAAAAACAGAUUUCAGCAUCCACACAAGUGAGCAGGGGCGGACUGACAACUCAUGGGGCCCCCGGGCAAUAGAGGAUCACGGAGCCCCUGUGUCCUUGCCCAAACUCAAAAAAGCCUAUGAAAAAGGUACCAGGGGCAUCUCAUGGGGCCCACUACUGACCCCAGGCUCUCGGGCAGUGCCCGAGUUUCCAAAUGGUCAGUCCGCCCCUGCUAUUCAGCAC